UUCAUAUAUAUUGAUAAGACAGAGAUCUUUGACUCUCAAUGCAUUAAUUAUUUUAGAGUUCCUGCAUUUAGAAGCCAUUUCACACACAAUCAUCAGAAAUAAAUGAUGUACGUGUACCUGUACGGAAUUCAAGAAGUGUUAUCAGUCAUUGUAAAUGAAACCCCUCUCCAAAUGGGUGUGAAUUAAAUAUCAAUCCAUCUUCUUGUUUUGGACGGGCACAAGUCAUUAUCAACAAGGCAUUAGUAAAGCCUAUCUCCCAGCUGACCGUAUGCUAUACAUCACACCAUAGUUAACCAUUUAAUUUCCCGAACCUCUUUGUGUCGCAUUUGCCAUCGCCCUUUUGAGAUUCAUUAAAGGCAGGCAAAUGGCAGUUCGUGGGGAGGAAUUAUUCGUGUGCGGGUAUAAAACAAAUGUUGUGUGCUUCAAUAGCUAGUCUUGCAUGAUAUAGCGAGCUGAAGGGGAAGAUAAACAUGUAGAGAGAUAAGUAUGAUACGAUGGUAGUUUAGAGAGAAUUUGGGGAAAAACAACCGACUGGAUUGUGAGAAACGUGUGACACGUAACAAUGAUGGGGCGUGAAAAUCUCCCGUGCAGCUGUGUCUGUUCCAGAUGCCAUGGAGAACGUUUCUCUGUACCCCCCAACCAGAGACCAGAUCGGUUCAGGGAGAGGACCGGGGAUGGUCUAAGCACAGCGAACUGUCGCUUUACGAGAACUCUUUUUAGCAAAAUGACUACCCAGAGGAGAAUACAGGGACUAAAUAUGCAUAUAUUAGUACUGCUGGCAGUACUAUCUUUUAUAGGACCGACACCAACACAAGCUAUAGAUCGUCAAAAGAGGCAAUCACUUCCUGGGCCUGACACUGAUUGCUGGAGAAAUGAUGAUAUUUCUGAUACAGUUAUCGAUUUAACAGUUCGUGAAUCAGCUAUUCCUGGGACAGUCAUAGGUGUUUUACCAAUCACCGGGACCACUGGGAGUUCAGGAACUAUUACUCUAACUGUUGUUCAAGACAAUGACAGAGUUUCCGUCAACGUGCUCACCAAGCAAAUAAUACUCAUCCAGAGCGUUGAUGCAGAUGUAGAUAAUGUGAAUGAGAAAUUCAUUACAUUACAGAUAAGAUGUCAGACUACUUCAAGUUCACUAUCUCCAACAUGGAUUGUUAAUAUUAUAGUGGAUGACGUUAAUGACAAUACACCGUUUUUCAUUGGAGCACCAUACACAGUAAAUGUACCAGAGGGCAUGUACAACAACGAAGUAAUCUUUAAUGGUAUAGAAGGUGAUGAUAAUGACGGUAACACAGUCAACGGCCAGAUAGAGUUUGAUGUUCUCUUUUAUCCAGCUGAUCCGUUGUCAGUGUUGUAUUUUGACAUACCGAAUACUGGAAAAGGGGAAGUGACUUUUGAUGGAACACUGGACUUUGAGGAAAAGCAGCAGUGGGUCGUUCUUAUCGAAGUCAGAAUGAAAGAUUUAGCUGCUGUAUCUUUUUAUGGUGUAACACUAUAA